AUAUUUAUUUUUGAAAGAAGAAAAGAAAAGUGAGCAUAUAUGAUAUGAAUGUUUAAGCUAAGAUAGCAUUUGAUUAGAGCAAUGGCAGAAAAACCAAGCCGAUCGCUGGUGUUAUACGGUGACGGAAUAGUUGGGUUGAUGGAUCCAUCGCACAGUUAUGAAAACCUUCACUCUCUCGCUUCCCUUGCUUCAUGCGGUUUCUCUACUCUCUCCAAUUCUCCUCCAUCAGAAACCGACGAUGACAGAAUUGUUAGAGAAUUCGCCUUGCUUCUUGAUUCAUCCCUAAAUGAUCCAAUUAAACAAACCUUACCUCAUAGGUUUAUGGGAAUGAAAGCUGCUAUAUUGACCAACCAUUCAGGGUUAAAAUCUUUUAGUGCCAACCUUGGUUUCAGUGUUGUUCAGUUGGAUGAGUUGGUUAAACAACAUUCUUCUGAAUCACAAGACAGUGAUGUUGUAGCUGUUGAGCUUCUCAAGUUGCUUGGGUUUCAAGAAGGGAAGGUUCUUGACAAUAGCCAAUUUGAUCUUGUUUUACUUCACGUUGGAGCUGGUGAAAAGGUCAAUGAUAGUGAACAAAUUGCUGAUGUGGAGUUUGUGGAUGCAUUGGUUGGUGCAAUAAUGAAACAAGCGCAGCCGGGAUCAGACGUUGGUUCUCGGCUGCACUUGUCAGUUGUCAUGAGCUAUGGCAAGGUCUCGGAGAAUGAUGAAUCCAGGUUUUCAGUGUUAAAGAGGUCUGAUGAGAAGGACUCUUGUUUUUCAACGCUCUAUCCUCUACAAAGUUAUGCUAUGAAAGGAGGAGUUCCUCGCAAGGAUGUGAGCAGGCACCAUUCGCCCAUGUUAAUUGCUCAAUUGCAACAUGCUGUGACUCGAAAGGAUAAUGCACAGAGGUUUUCCUUCCAAGACUUCUUGGAGAAUGGUGGAAAUCUUACAAUACCGGCAGAUAGGUUCUUGCAUGAGAUAGCCUUUAAGAUGUGGAAAGCUCCAAAAUAUGGAGCUUGAUUCCCAGUCCCCCUCUUCUUUUCAACUCCUUUUAAGUCUCUUGCCAUUGCAGCAGAGGUAUUUGAAGACGUUCAACAUGGUCCAUUGAUGCUGAUUUCACGUUUGUCUUGUAUUCUAAAUUAUGUUACUUCAUGUAAUAACCAAGAUUUUGACGAUUGGACUGUACACCUAUCUCAUCCAAUUUUAUCUUUGUAAAAAAAUUACUCUUUUCAAGAGGGACUUAGGAGUAAUUCAGCAUUUUGAUCUCUCAAAAUUGAAAGAGCUGGAAAAUUUAGUA